AUUGUUAUUAUUAUCUAAGGAGCCACCGCGCAGGCUCCGUACGCGUCUGCGCACCAACCUGAUUCUGUCACUCGCGAGUUGCCCGGCCAAACGCCACUAUAUCAGACAACGGUCUGUCUAUUUUCGACGAAUUUCGUCCGUAAAAGUCAAAUUUUUAUAUUACAGAUAAUAAUCAUGAUUAAGCCACCAGUAAUCGCCAGCAGGAUGAUUUUUAGAAGAGGAUUACAUAGUGCCAACAAAAAAUUAGAUAGUAUAAUCAGGGUGAAUCAUGCUGGUGAACUUGGAGCUGACAGAAUAUAUGCAGGUCAAAUGGCAGUAUUAGGAAAUACUGAAUUAGGCCCUAAGAUCAAAGAAAUGUGGGAACAAGAAAAAGUACAUAGAAACAAGUUUGAAGAACUUAUACAAAAACACAGGGUACGGCCUUCUGCUUUGGUUCCAUUAUGGCAUUGUGCUGGAUACAUGCUAGGAGCAGGUACAGCACUUAUGGGUCCAAAAGCAGCUAUGGCGUGUACUGUGGCAGUAGAGACUGUGAUUGUAGAUCAUUACAAUGAACAACUUAGAGAAUUAAUGGCUGAUCCAUCAAUAGAUCCAGAACUUUUAGAAACUAUAAAAAAAUUUAGGGAUGAUGAACAAGAACAUCAUGACUGUGGUAUUGAUCAUGGUGCAGAACAAGCUCCUUUUUAUAAUAUGUUAACUGCAAUCAUAAAAACUGGUUGCAAAGCAGCUGUAGAAAUUGCUAAAAGAAUUUAAUGGAUUUGUGAACUAUUUUUAUAUUCAUUGUGUUUAUAUUAUAAAAGUUUUGUUUAUGUUAAAUAAAGUUGUUUUAGUAUAAAUAA